AUGUCUUUCCACUUCGACAUUGCGAACGAAGAGCUGGACGAAGAGUAUGCGGACUUUGGUUCCGCACAAGCUGGUCACGCGGCCGAUGAGCCGCUCGACAGGGAUGGCAGAGUAGCAGAGCCAGCAUCAAGCGUCAAAGGUAGGGAGCACACGCUGGAUGAAUUGAUCGAUGCUCUACCAGCAAGGAUAUCGUACUCGACGCUGCAGAUACCUUUGGAUCCACAGAAAGGCGCACAACAAGCGCAUGACGAGGGCAAAGCGAGAUGGACAGCUGUGGCCAGGAGAGAUCUCUUCGAUGCUAGAUUUCAGAUGAUAUACGCCAGCGACGAUGAGGAAGAGGCAGAUGGAGAGUCGAAGACUGGCAGCGCAGGCUCCAAAGGCCCCAAAGCGGGUCUAGUCGAGGCCGAUAGCGAUCUGGUGCCAGGCGUUUACGAAGGUGGACUCAAGACUUGGGAGUGCUCGCUGGACCUCGUCGCGGCGCUUGAUGCGCAUGACCGCCGCGACAAUCGCGAGUCUCUGGACUCUGUGCCGUUUCACUGGCUCAGGGGUCUCAGCGUUGUAGAGGUGAGCGAUCUUGGAUGCGGAACAGCGAUACCCGCGUGCUUCCUGCUGGCACGGCUGAUGUGUGUCGAGGUUGACGAGGCUCGUAAGGAGACGAUCUUGCAGCUGUGCGACUUUAACGAGCAAGUGCUGAAGCUGGUCACCCUUCCAAACUUGAUAUUGGCGUGGUACACCAGUCCAGCGUCCUGCGCAUUCCGCAACUCUAUUGCGGGUGCGUCAGCCGAGUCGGACGGCGUUGAGCUCGACCUGGUCGCGGCUACCGACGAGGUUGAUCUCUCGGACGAAAUGCUAGCAGCCUUCAAAGAGUCUCUGAAAGAUCGCAAGGUCGCACUCAGAUUCUUUAGCGGGCCUUGGAAGGAUCUAGAAACCUGUUCACGCGCGACCUCGAGCCAGAUGGCGACAUCCAGGGUACCACAGCUUCUGAAGGCCGACUUGCUCUUGUCCUCGGAAACGAUUUACAGUCCUCCUGAUCAGAUCGCUCUGCUUGACAUUCUUCAGCGCCUUUGCAAGGCUUCGUCGACACACACUCCAGGAACUUUGGCUCUCAUUUCUGCUAAAGUGCUCUACUUUGGCGUUGGUGGAGGUGUGCACGCUUUUCGUCAGUCGAUCGAGAGCGCAGGCGGUUGGUCCAACGAGGUGCGCAAAGUCACCAGUGGAGUGGGCCGAUGCGUGCUGAGCAUCGGCUGGUCUGCAGAUAAUUGA